AUGGCUUUUCCAGCCUUCAACAAGCAACCGAAGCAAGCUGCUGCGCCCGUCAUUCCACUUCAACCGCCGGCUCGAACCGCAGAACCUGUUGCCCACCACCCAGAGGAAAUCAAUCUCGCAUUCGCCAGCAACGCGGAAUUGCGAAAGCGCGUGCAUGAUGCCAUAGGCAUGUGA